AUGGCGUCGGAUUCGGACAGAGAAGCAGCAGCUUUCUUCUCCCACAUCUUCAGAGCCUCAAUCUCAGCGGACAACAUUACCGAAGAAGCACAGAUCUUCAACCCGAUUAUCGUCGGUCUUCUGAGCGGCCCCUUUUCGCAGGACCAAGGAUCUCCUUCGGAACGACCGAGUUGCUCCGGCGCCGGCCGGAAAGGGCCGCCGCCGGCGACUAAGGCAUCGAUUGAGGCGAUGCGGACGAUGGAUAUGGUUGAUUCCGGGGAGGAGUGCUCGGUGUGCUUGGAUGAGUUCGGGCAGGCAGUGGUGAAGGAGAUGCCGUGUAAGCAUCGAUUCCAUGGAGAUUGCAUCGAUAAGUGGUUGGGGCUGCACGGGACAUGCCCGGUGUGCCGGUAUUGUAUGCCGGCGGAUGAGAGCGAACCUAAGAAAGUAGGCAGCGAUGUAGAUGGCCAGGGGGAAGAAAGGGCAAUUUGGUUCGAGAUUACUUUUGGAAGAGGAGAGGGAACAGGGAAUCGAGAUCAAGAGCAGGAACAGGAAGGAGGAGAACAACAUGUUGAUAGAAAUGGUUUUUGAUUUUGUCUUUCUUUUUCUUUGCUAUAUCUUCUGCUUAUUUCUUUCAUUUGGUCUAUUUGUUAAAUGGGGGAAGCUAGAUUUGUGUACAAUGAAUUAAUUUA